UUUUUUUGUUUUGUUUUUUGUUGUCAUGGCAACAACAGCUUUUCUGGGCCUUUUAUUUUUUAUUGAGAAAUAACUUGUGAGACUAUACACAUAUGCCUGCCUCCACUGACAUGAUCCAAACACAGUCUUUAUUUAUAUAAAUAGCUCAACUUUGCAUGUCAUAAUUUCUAGAAUUGUAAAGAACAUCUGUUUAUCUCCACCAGACUGAAUCAAGCAGCAGAAAAUAGCAGAAGGUUUAGUUGUAAAACCAAAUCACAGCAUAAGUCACCCAGUUUAACCUCCACAUCACGGUUGUAGGCUCACCCCGAAACUCCGCUUCAGUACUUCUUCUUUUUUUCCCCUUUACCAGUAACUGUAAACACUUCCCACCCAAGUGACCAAUACUUCCAAAGUAAAGAGAAGUUGUAUGACGGUCAGAUGGCAGGGUUCAGCUGCGCACUAUACAAUGUGCGUCAAUAUCACAGCACAGAUCUGUCCGCUCCAUUUCUCCAUUUUAUUUCUUUCUUAAUCUUACUUUAUUUAAAAAAAAAUCCCUAGCUAGCUCAGUGAACUGGUGCUAUUAAUGAGGCCACGUUGUAACUACCGAGCUUCUGUGAGCAGCGUAAGGUGAAACUGGUUGAGUGGGAAAACAAAUACGUUUACGGAGGAGCGGUGUUGACACUGUUUCUAUUCACUCAAAUAACCAAUAUAAUGAUCUUUUUGACCAUUUUAAUUUUGCAUGGUUUUGUCUCCCUCUUCUGGCUGCUCUUUUAAAGACACAGCAGUCCACCUGCCUUUCUCUCAACCUUCACCAAGCCUGUAAGUUUCACAAAUCUUCCAGUGUGAUAUGUCCUCCAUGGUCUGUCCUUCCUGACGGCUGAAUGUGUAACGUCCUGUGAUCUAAUAUCAUCCCAGCAGAUGACUAAACCAACCACUGAUCUGAUCAUUAUAGCUAAUCUUUUAUUGUUCUGCACACUCUUCUUCAGCUUCAGCUCUGGUGAGCAUGUUAAAUGACCACAUAUGAAUUCUUUGUUUAUAAAGAUAGAGAGACCUUUGCAGUCGAUUGGUGACUUCAUGACAUACAAUUUUUAACCCCUUUAAUCGCAAACUCUCAACCCUGGACAUUUGGAGGACUGAGUCAGAAAAUUACUCAGGAAAAUAAAGUGUGACAAAUUACUGAGCCGAUUACAGCACUGUGAUCCUGAGUUCUGACAUUUGUACAGCCUACAGCAGAUGACCCCAACACACAGGGCUGGGGACCAGUACUGGGCAGUUUGGUAAAAUAUACUUACACUUGCACACUAACACUAAACACAAUCACUUGCGUCCAUUCCUAUCUUUAGCGCUUGACUUGGUUCCAGUUUCUUAAAGCACAGAUAAGCCUUCAAAUGAACUUUUGCAAAAAUGAGUAAAAGAUAAAUGUCACUGCAGAGCUUCUUUAAUAAGACAGAAUGACCUAAUGAUGAGUCAGCAGAAGGCUCCACAACUGCCACCAAAAAGCUGCAUUUAAAAGAAAAUACCCAGAGUCCUAAAAAGUGUACAAUAGAAAACAACAAUUAUAUUUAAACCAUACUGUGUACAAUAAUUCAAUUAAAUAUGAUGUGCUGUUAUGGCCCUAGUACUCGUGUGUUGGGGUAUGUGUUUUGUGUAUAUGUGUGGCUCUGGUCUCUCUCUCUCUCUCUCUCUCUCUCUCUCUCUCUCCCCCCAGCUCCAGCUGAAUGCAGGUAAGGGGCAAACAUGGUUGUUCCUUCCGUUGGCUUUUAUAAACUCACCAAGACUGUAGUCUGAAAUCUGUCUUCACCCCCGGAAAUGUAACUCUGCUGUCCUUCCUUCAUCCACAGGACAUACCAUGGAGGUAACAUGCACUUUAUUGUCCUCUGUUAUGUGUGUGUGACCUUCCUUCACUCACACAUACACACACCCUGCCACUGUCCGUGGAAGGUUUGUCUUGCGUAAAACCGGUCUGUUGUGCAAAAAACGGAACCACUGCCACUACUGAUGACGAAUCCCUGCUGUCCUGAUCAGCCAGGUCUGUCAACACACUGGUGGCAGAAGUGUACUUGGUCCAAAAGGGUUAACUGGUGUUGCCCUGGGGUCAUCCUCUCAGCCUGUGCUUAUACUCCAAACACAGCAAUGGCCUUAGGGCUUUUAUGGGCCGGCCACCACUGCUCACGGCCCAUAAACCUGUUCAGAUUGCAUGAUAAUCUGGUCUAAUAUUUGCAUGUUAUUGCGCAAAGGCAGAUUUUUCAUUAAGUUGCAACAUGUGUUCACAGUUUACAGACAGACAAGUGAGUUUUUCUCUUUGGUAAAAAAACAACAACUCUACUCUACUUAUACUUUUGUCUAUAGUUCGAGGUUUAAUUUAGCUAAUGCUUGAAUCUUGUUUUAGAAGGCACAGAAUAAGCCACUUAAUUUAUUGGUUCUCCAAAAAAGACAGUAAGCAGGGCCAGAGCACAUUCUAUUCAAGUCAGGAUUUGAUGUGACCAUGACUGAGGCAUUGACUGACUAUCACAGAAUGCAACCCUGAACCUGAGUGGAUUAGAAGGAGCUCAUCACUCAGUGAGUCCACAUUAUUGUAACGGAAUCUGAAAAAUGAACAGCACUGGACGAACUAAAAGCACAUUAAGUGUUUAUUGUGACUUCUAGUGCAUUGGCACUAAAACUGGUAUAAAUCCGCACUGUACUUCCUGUUUACUAGACACACAUACCUACCAGAUAGGGUUUGCCAAAACAAACAAGGUCACUGAUGAGCAAUGGUAAAGUGGACAAAGUAAUGAAACAAAUAAUAAAAUGGGGUUAGGGUUAGGAAAAAGAUUAAUAAGAGUUAAAAAUAAAUAUCAGUUAAAAAUAACGUCAGUGGUAUCAAACGUCUUAAUGUUGCACCCUUCAACUUUGUUGCUCUUUCUUUAUGUGUACACAACAUUAAUCCCUCAUGGUAGCAGGGCUCCAUGUGUUUCAGAGCCUAUUUUGUAAACAUGAAGGGACAUAUGGAGACGUGCUUCCUGCUUGCUGUCUUAUCCAGUGGAAGCGAACAUGGAACGAACAGGCAGUGUAAGAAGAAAAGCCUUGGUGAGGCAGCACAAGGCUGAAAUCAUGAUCGCUGGAGAACAACUCAGGUUGAGACUUCAUGACAGCAAACUAAUAAAGGAGCGGCGUUACCACCUGCGCACAUAUCCUAACUGCUUUGUCGCACAGGAGCUCAUUGACUGGCUUUUGAGCCAUAAGGAGGCUCCAGACCGGGCAACAGCGGUCUGUCUCAUGCAACAUCUAAUGGACCAUGACAUUUUCCAUCACGUCUGUGAUAAGAGGUCAGUUUUCAAAGAUGCCAAACUGCUCUACCGCUUCAGGAAGGAUGAUGGAACAUUUCCAUUCAACAUUGAGGUGAAAAUCUUCAUGCGGGGACAACGACUAUAUGAACAUCUCAUAGUGGACAAGGACUCUAUUUUGCAAGUCAGAGAGGAACAUGGCGUUUCUUAUCAGCGCGCCUUCCCUGGCUGCCAGAUGAUAGACUGGCUUAUUCAAAAUGGAGAAGCAGAGAGUCGACGUCGGGGGCUGGACUUGUGCCGUGCCUUACUAGAGCAUGGUAUUAUUCAGCACGUGGCAAAUAAGCAUGAUUUCUUUGACAGCGGACUUCUGUACCAGUUCUGCAUCAAUUUUCGACGCAGGCGCCGUCUGUCUGAACUGUUAAAUGAAAGCGACCAAGACAAUGAGGACAGUUUGACAACACCGACACCAGAAGACAACCACUGUGACAGUCCCUUUGUUGAGAACAAGAGCACAUCAAACGGAGGCAUUACUGCUUUCCACUCAGUGGCCCCUGGUAAAGACCUGAAACAAGUAUCAAAUGUACGUCGCGGUAGCCUGAAUGCCCUUCAACUUCACUCGACUGUCUUUUCACCUCUCUCCUCCGCCGUAGUGGUGAGAUACAAUCCUAAAUCAGUUCUUCGGAAAAAUGUUACAUGUGAAGAAUUACAGACUCCGGGUGCACCAUUCAUCAGGAAAGUGUUAACGGUAGUAGGAGAUGAUCUGGGCUGGGGCUUUGUCGUCAGAGGACGUUCUCCCUGUUAUGUCCAAGCUGUUGACCCGGGAAGCCCGUCAGCUGCUGCAGGAGUGAGAGUGCGGCAGUUUGUGUGUCAGGUGAAUGGACGGUGUGUUCUGUACAUGGAUUAUAGGACCCUUACCACACUGGUGAUGACUGGACCUCGCACCAUUGUCCUGGAAGUCAUGGACCCACUGGAAUGAAAACUGCACUGUUUUUUAUCUGCUUUUCACAGACUUUUGUUACACUGCUCUUGUCCUCAUGAGCACUCAAAAUUCCCAUUUUUCAUUUAUUAUGUCUUUGCUAUACUUUGUGAUCCGAGACAUGUCUCCACAGAAAGGCUUUCAAGUUUUCAUGUUAGAUACCACAGCCUCUGCACGCUGUCAUCAAGCUCCUACAACCCGAGGUCAGGUAAGAACGGAGCUGUGUAACAGCCGUGAACGCAACACUAAUUUGAACAUAGUUGUACUCAUUAUCAAUUUUUUAAUCGAAGCAAUACAUCAAAUGUGCUGGUAGGUUUGGAUGUAGAUGUCUCUGGCUUUGUCGGUAAGAAGAUCUCCAGUUAUCAACUUUUCUAGGGAGAGGGUCAUUGGACUGCUUGGGUUACUUACAUCUCAGAACACAUUCAUACCCUACACUCUGCCAAAUUAUGUUUGAUCAUUUGAAAACAAAAAGUAAUAACGAAACCAAUUUGCCUCCCUGUUUUGUUUCAAAACUAUUAAAAAAAGUAUUCUCGAGUGAACGUAACCAGACAACUUUCAAGUAAUUCAAAAACAUACCUGAAGUCCCAAUUCCAUUCAAAAGUUCACCUGCAAAAUGUUCUCCAACAUAUGGAAAUACUUGUUUUUCUGUGCAUUUAGCAAAAAAAAGUUGUGUAUAAAAUGUGUUAUUCUGUAGUAACCUACACUGCUGCAAUGACAGACCUCUCAACACCAUAGGAUUAAUCCUACAGAAAGUCAACAGAAAAACACAAGCAGAGUAUUCAUUUAAAAGUAUAAUUCACAUAUUUAUAGUCCUGUCAUUACAUUAGCAUGAGAACUGUGUUUUUAAUAAAUUGUUGAAAAAAGUUCCUCAUGCACUGGUUAAUGAAUAAUGACCACUGAGUAACUAUCAUUAAUCUGUGUAUGACAAUUUGUUUCUUAACCAUAGCUCACAUAUUCUCUAACAUGAGUGCAAUAUUUUGCCCAUAUCUAUAUCUUUAAGCUUUUACCCAGAACAUAUUCCUUAAGAGGUUCAACAAAGGCUAAUAGUUGUCUGUUAUCCAACAAAUCUAUACAAUGUCAGCGUAACAUUAUAUAAUUUGGUGGUCUGUUUCCAUCAGAGAUCA